AUGAAUAAAAGAAUAUUAUAUGCCUUUUGUAGCUACAUAAAUAAUUAGGCUUAUUCUUUGUAGAAGUUGAGCUUAAAGUAAAGAUUGCAAUUAUUUCACAAAAAUGCAAAAUAAUUUACUGAUAAAGAUAAAGCUGCUUUAAUAAUGACUUUAAAAUCUCAAGAAAUAAUUUAACAGGAACUGGCUUAAGCUUUUGCAGGAAAUCUCAAUGUCAAAACUAUCUAGCAUAAAGAGCUUUCAGUGAUAUCGCAUUUUCUUUCUGUAAAUCAAGUUCAAAACCAAGAUCUUUGGAAGAAUUUAGCUCUAAGAGGCUUUAAAAUAAUUGAAGAUUUUGACAGAGAUUCAUUACCAAAGUUUUUAGAUGCUAUUGAUAGAAGUGAAUAAGUGGAGAUUAAAUAAUUUUGGGAUUCAAUUCUAUAGUAUGCAUUAAGAAAUUUUGAACAUUUAAAUGGAGAAUGUGCUUUGAUUUUAUUUUGCAAUUUAGCUAGAAGAUAUCCGUCGACUUAAAUUAAUUUCAAAUCAGAAGCACAAAACUCCUAACAAGUUUCAAACAACUAAUAGAAUACGAUCUUAGACUUAGAUCAUAAUUAAGAAAAAAAAUUAUAAGAAGAAAAUGGAUAAUAUUAAAAUAACGAAGUUGAAGAAUAUGAUGAAUAAGAAUAAGUGAUUGCUAAUCCUUAAUUUGAUAGUAUAACUGAAAAGUUAAAAAAAUCAUCUUAAAUAUUCAAAGAAAUUGAGUCUCAGAAGUAGAUAUUAAUUAAAGAGGAUUGGGAAUAAUAAACGAGUGAUAUUAUUUUUGAUAUUUUCAAUUAAAUUGUUAAAAAACACAUUAAAAAUUAUAAUGGAAACUAAAUUUUAAGACUAAUGAGCUACUUAAUUUCUUACAGAGAGGAGUGGAUUUAAAUUUAGAACAAAAAUAACCUGAAGAUUGCCUUCGUCUAUCUAGAAGAACAAAUUGAUACUGUUGAUAAUUUAACUUUCUUUAUGUUAACAAUAUUGUAAAGCUUAGAUAAAGUUAUAGCCUCAUCUUAGUUUUUUAUAAAAGCAAUAGAUUUUAUAAUGAAGAAUUAAUCAUAAAUAAAUCAUUAAAAUAUUCACUUUAUUUGUGCUUUCUUUGAAGCAAUUGAACUCAGAGAUAAGACAAAAGUUUGGAAAAUUAUUUUAGAUGUGUUAAUUAAAGAUUAUCAUAAAAUAAAAUCCUAAUAAAAUCAAUAAAUUAUUGUUUCUAGCUUGUUAAGCUGUAAUAUAGUUCCAACUUCUUUAGCAAAAUAAAACCUGACAUUUGAUUAACUAAUCUAAGAAAUUACAAAAAACAAUAAAUGA